AUGAUGAGAGCCAGCGGUAUCCUGUCGCUGCUGUUUGUGGCCAGCGCCUUGGGCGGUGUGAUCGAGGACUUUGAAUACCUGUCGGUGGAGGAUAUGUGCGGACUUCUGCCUCAGGACACCAGUCUGUUGCGCCCCAGCACCUGCGACAAUUGGGUGCGUUGCCCUAACAGCCUGGAGGCUGCCGUGGAGCAGGGAGCCUGCGCUUCGGGUCUGUACUACGACAAGGACCUUGGCCGCUGCAUCCUCUCCUCGAGUGCCAAGUGUCCCUACAAGGGCCAAGUUGCUGCGGAACAGGCCAAGAACUACUGCGCCAAUGAGACGGACGGCUCCUUCGUGGUGGACCCCAGCAGCAAUGACUGCCGCGGCUACAUCCUCUGCAAGAACGGCAAGCAGAUCCGUGCCAAUUGCCCCAACGAGCUGGUCUUCCAGCCCACAUCCAGGUCCUGUGUGUACGAGAAGCAGUACCAAUGUCCCAAGAGCUCCGUGAAGCGAAGCGAUCCCGCCUGCCGUUCGCUGCCCAACAAUACGCGCCUGGCCGAUCCCGUCCACUGUGAUCAGUACUACGAGUGCGUCAAUGAGCUCCUGCACAUCCGAUCCUGCCCAGCCCUCAGUGCCUACGAUGUUGCCCUCGGCUACUGUAUGAAUGUGUCCGAGGUGGCCUGCUACGAGACAGCCGCCCUGCCGGAGCCGGAGAACACCUUCUGCCUGGACGAAGCCACCGGAUCCGCCCGCGUUGGUUACUUCGCCGACGAUCUGUCCUGCGCCCACUACUACAUCUGCAACAAGCCCAAGGCCGGCAAGCACGACACGGAGCCCAGGCACCUGAGCUGCCCGCUGGGUCAGUACUUUGAUUUCGAGAAGCUCUCCUGCCGCGACCGCCUCAAUGUGCGCUGCCAGCUGGACAGGUGCGUGGGCACCAACCUGACCUACGUGAAUGUCGCCGGCGAUUGCCAGAGCUAUGGACGCUGCUCCGGCGGAGUGACCGUCAGCACUGGCCACUGCCCCACCGGCUACUACUUCGACGAGCGCAACCAAGGAUGCUCGCUCACCAACUACCACUACAUCGCCUGCUCCGCCUAGGCCAGGCACAGCCACAACCACACCCACACCCACAAUCACACACUAAUCCACACCAAUUCCCACUUCCAAUUCUAAUUUCAAU